CCAAAACAAGAAGUCCUCUUUGAGCAAUUCUUUGAAGAAGACUCGAUCAAGUCUUCCACUCCUUCCUCGUUGUGAUGAUUUCUGGGUGCUAUAUAUGAGCCCCGCAUAGCACAAGAAUUGGUGGUAUUAUAUUGGUUGCAAAAUUGUGAUGGAUUCUUCAAUCUUUUCUUGGUCAUAUGAUGUGUUUCUAAGUUUUAGAGGUGAGGAUACUCGCAAGUCAUUUACGGGUCAUCUCUAUGAAGCUUUGGUGCAGGUUGGAAUCAAUACCUUUAGAGACACCGAGGAGCUUAAGAGAGGAACAGAAAUUUCACAAGAACUUUGUGAAGCAAUCAAGGGGUCAAGGUUUUUUCUUGUAGUUUUUUCCGAAAAUUAUGCAUCUUCUAGUUGGUGUUUGGAUGAGGUUGUUCAAAUUAUGAACUGUGUGGAGAGUGGUAAAGGGCAGAUGGUUUGGCCAGUGUUUUAUCAUGUGGAUCCUUCUCAAGUUAGAAAACAAAAAGGUACUUUUGGAGAACCAUUCAUUUUACAGAAAGAGAGAUUCAAGGAAGACUUGAAAAGGGUAGAGAGAUGGAGAGAAGCUCUAACUAAAGUCGCCAAUUUAUCGGGGACGCAUUUGGAUAACAGGUCGUCUGACGAGCCUACUAUUAUAAAGGAAAUUGUUCAAGAGAUAUGGAUUAAGCUUAACAAGACACUCUUAAUAGUUGCCAAGAAUCCAGUUGGGAUUGGUUCUCAUAUUGAAAAACUAAAGUCCACAUUAGAUAUAGAGUCCAAUGAUGUUCGGAUGAUUGGAAUUUAUGGGCUUGGUGGAAUAGGAAAGACAACCAUUGCAAAAGCUAUUUAUAAUUGUAUUGCACAUCGCUUUGAAGCGUGCACUUUUCUUCCUAAUAUAAAAGAAAAAUGCAAAUUCUCAAGGGAUGAUGAGUUAACUCAAUUGCAAGAAUCACUCCUUGAAGACAUCUUGUUGAUUAAAAUCCAUAGGUCGAUAAAAUUUUCUGACAAAGGAAGUAAUAUGUUGAGGGAUAGACUAAGAAACAAGAAGGUGCUUGUUGUUCUUGACGAUGUGGAUCAUUCAAACCAAUUAGAAAAACUUACAGGACAUUUGAGUUGGUUUGGUUCGGGAAGUAGGAUCAUCAUAACAACUAGAGAUUUGCAUCUUUUAAAUAAACACAACAUUAAGUGGACCUACAAGGUUGAUGAAUUAAAUCAUAGAGAAGCACUUGAGCUAUUUUGUUGGAAUGCAUUUAACAAUCCUGUUCCUGAUGUGAGUUUUGAAGAGCUUUCAAAUGUUGCCGUUAAACAUGCAGAUGGACUUCCUCUUGCUCUUGAGGUGGUGGGUGCUUCUCUAUGCAAUUGUAGUAAACUUGAAUGGGAAAGCCAAUUGAAGAAGUUGAAAAAGAUUCCAAAUCAGGAUGUUCACAAUAAACUUAAACUAAGUUUUGAUGGACUUGGAGAACUUGAGAAGGCAAUUUUUCUAGAUAUUGCAUGCUUCUUUAGAGGGUAUAGCACAGAAGAUGUGAACUCUUUUUUCGAUGUUUGUGAUUUCUACCCUCAUUAUGGAAUUGGAGUGCUUAUUAAGAAAUCUCUUAUAUAUAUUGAUCGCGAUACAUUCGAAAUGCAUGACUUGAUUCAACUAAUGGGUAGAGAGAUCGUUCGUCAAGAAUCUCCUUCAGAUCCUGGAAGACGUAGUAGAUUGUGGUAUCACCAAGAUGUCCUUCAAAUACUACAAGAAAAUGAGGGAACAAAAAAGGUUGAAGGGAUAGUUCUAGAAAUCCCCAAAGCAGAAGAAGAAGUGUGGUUGCAUGCUAAAGCCUUUUCAAGAAUGAAAAAAUUGAGAUCGCUUAUAAUACGUAAUAAUGUCAAUGUUAUUGGGACUCCUCGAUACCUUUCUAACGAAUUAAGAUGGUUUGAAUGUCGUCGUUCUUCAUCCUCUCUGGUACCAUCUACCUUUCAUCCAACAAAACUUGUUUUAUUGGGUACCUCACAUUAUCCUAUUCAGCAACUCAGACAUAAUCUCAAGGGUAUCUACAAUGGCAUCUUGUUCAAUUACAGCUACCUGGAAAUGAGAUUCCUAAUUCAUUUAGCGGUAGCAGAGGCGGCUCUCUCUCGCUUCAAUUGCCAUUGGAUGUGAAGAAACAUGUUGUAGGGAUAAUGUUUUGUGUUGUUUACAAUAUGAAGAACUGUAGCGGCUAUUUCCGUUUUCAGAUUAACUGUAUCGAUGUCCACGGGACAUAUCCUUUGUCUGGUGAAUCAGAUCAUUUGUACAUUUCUUAUGUUGAGAAAAUCUCAACAAUGGGUGGUUUGGAUAGAGUAUUGAGAGAAGAUACAAGUCAUUUUGAUGUUACAGUUCUUCAAUUUAGAACAGACCAUGACGAUGAUGAUCAACGGCCAUCACGGGUGGAAAUAUUCGAAAUUCGUUUGAUAUUUGAUGAUCAAACAUCUUUUUCUACUACAAAUGAGUGUUUGGAACUAAUGAGGGUGUAAGAAAGAACUGCAUUAUUCUUUCAUGUCUUCUUUCUUUUUUCUUUUAUUGGGUAAAUAAUGGACUUAUUCUAAUAGUUCAUUGAUGAAAUUCUAUGGUCGCCUGUAUUAUUUCAAAUUAUUGUCCACCCUGUUUGGUGUUAGAUUUACUUAGUUUGUUUGGAUUUUUCAUAUACAAAAUCUC